GAAACUCAUUGGAUGAAUAGAUAUAUGAUCUAAGGAAAUGAUGUCAUCAUUACAUUGUUUGUAGUAUGAAAGCUGAUGGGUAGAGAGAAGAUUUUAAUUUGUAUCCAGAUUUAAUUCAUCUCGGAGACCAGGUAUCACGGCCGGGGAAUGGCUUCCAAUAGCUGUAAAAGCAAAAUUCUUUCAAAUGUUCUUUCCUGUCUUAACUACAAGACUGGAAAAUUCAUCAUUGCAGAAAGCAAGAGAAUCGGCACUUUGUACAGAGUUAUACAAUUAUCCAUCAUUGGAUACCUUGUUGGGUAUGUAUUCCUGAGCAAGAAGUCCUACCAGGCCAAGGAGGAAUCUAUCCAGAGCGCUGUGAUUACCAAACUGAAGGGAGUGGCGGUCACCAACACCGCAGAGUCCGGACGGAUGGUGUGGGAGCCUGUGGACUAUGUCAUUCCACCCCAGGGUGAUGCAGUUUUUUUCAUUGUUACCAAUUUUAUAGAGACACCAAACCAGAAGUUGGGCAACUGUGCUGAGAGCCCUGAUGUGCCGGAUGGCCACUGUAAGGGAGAUAAAGACUGUGCAAUGGGAGAGUCAGUGAAAACUGGCCAUGGAUUUAGGACAGGCCGCUGCUUGAGAGACAAUGGGAAAUCCAGUGGUACGUGUGAGAUAUAUAGCUGGUGCCCCAUUGAGAGUUGCCACCAACCACAGGAUGGACAUAAACACAUGUCUAUUUUAAGAGAAGCUGAAAACUUCACAAUCUUCAUAAAGAAUUUCAUCAGAUUUCCCAAAUUCAGUUUCUCAAAGGCCAAUGUUCAGGACACAGCUGACAAAUACCAUCUGAAGAAAUGUCACUAUGAUGAGCUCCUUGAACCCUACUGCCCCAUAUUUAGUCUGGGAGACAUUGUUUACCGGACUGGACACAGCUUUCAGGACAUGGUUUUGAGGGGUGGUUCAAUUGGAAUUCUGAUUAAGUGGAAGUGUGACCUUGACAGAGAUCACUCAGAAUGCAAGCCACGGUACAACUUUACUCGCAUUGACAUUAAUGCAUCCAGAGAGUCCACAGGAUUCAACUUCAGACAUGCUCGGUAUUACAAAAAUGAGUCUGGAGAAGUCUACCGAACACAAUUCAAAGUGUAUGGCAUACGCAUCAACAUCAUGGUGCAUGGAAAGGCUGGAAAGUUCUGUAUCAUUCCCACCGUUAUCAAUAUAGGCUCAGGACUAGCUUGUAUUGGUGGUGGGACCUGGCUCUGUGACUGGAUUCUUCUCUACCUGAUGAAAAAGAGGGAGUUCUAUAAGGACUGGAAGUUUGAAAACGUCAAGAAGAAAGACAGAAACGCGUCUAACAUCACAGAACACUAUAACGGUACAACAGAGGAUACAAAACAAAUCCCAGAAGAGCAGCAGCUCACUGACCAAUCACCUGAGGUUUAACACCAUGGCAGCAGCUCACUGACCUAUCACCAGAGGUUUAAUCAUGACAGGGCGGCAGGGUAGCCUUGUGGUUAGAGCGUUGGGCUAAGGUUGCAAGUUCGAAUCCACUAGCUGACAAGGUAUGAAUUUGUCAUUCUGCCCCUGAACAAGGCAGUUAACCCACUGUUCCUAGGCUGUCGUUGUAAAUAAGAAUUUAUUCUUAACUGACUUGCUUAAAUAAAGGUACAUUUUUAAAAUAUUUUUUAAACAGUAGCUCACUUAGCCGUACCUAAAGAAGCUGGUUGAGAGAAUGCCAAGAGUGUGCAAAGCUGUCAUCAAGGCAAAGGGUGGCUACUUUGAGGAAUCUCAAAUAUAACAUACAUUUGAAUUUGUUUAACACUUUUGGUUACUACAUGAUUGCAUAUGUGUUAUUUCAUCGUUUUGAUGUCUUCACUAUUAUUUUACAAUGUAGAAAAUAGUCCAAAUAAAGAAAAACCUUUGAAUGAGUAGGUGUGUCCACAUUUUUGACUGGUACUGUACAUAAAGGUACAGUACAUAACACCAUAAAGUAUCAUAUGUUAAUGAACUUGACAGUUUUGCCAUGCAUGCUUACUCUAUCUAUCUAGAAUCAAGACUAGACAAGAAAUGAGUGAAUGAGCAAACUGGUAUUUUAUACUGUCUUUGUCUGGUCACUGAUCACUUGUGAGGUAACACCUUAAGACGUACUUUCUGGGUGAGUUCAAAUCUCAGAUAUCAUUAUUUUAUCUGAAUUAGUUAACGAUGAUGGCAUACCAAUAGACUACAUAUGAAGAUAUAGUGUUACAUUAAGAUAUUCACGUAACAUUUCAGGUAUCAAUAUUAAGCUAUUUAAAUUAGGAUAGGAUGAACUUGAAUGUUUUAUUUUGUAUUUUUAUUUUUCCAGAACAACAGCAAUGCCAUCCAUCUUGUCUAGUGAGUGAGUGGGAGGAGCAGGACAGACAACAUCUUUCUCCUCUUUAUCUAACCCCAAGCCUAACAACAGUGUACCACACCCAAAGGACUGGACCCCAAUGGACACCCAAAUGAACUGGACCAACCACUUGUCAGCGAGACAAGUCCUGAUAAGGAGUCUACCACAUAAGUUGAUGUGCCCUCUUGAAGAGAGGUGCUACAUUUUGGUACUCAUUUCUUACAGACUCAUACACAAGAGCAACAUAAUACUGUAAGUAAUUAACUUAACGUCUCUUUAACAAUGUGACAAUGUUGUGAUAAGGUCCGUGGAAGUUAGGCGUCUAAAUGGCAGGUCAUCCAAAAAGAAGACAAAAAGGAGACCAGUUGGAUACAAAAACAUACUGUAAAAAAUAUUAUGCAAGUUCCACUUUAAAAAAUGUGGCAAAUAUUUGCUGUAUUGAUGUAUUUUUAAGUAUUAUAUACUUCAUAUUUUACUGUUUGUGAAACACUAAAAGUUAAGUCCUGUAUAAAAAA